AUGAAAAUUGACAUUCAUAGCCACAUUCUACCUAAGGAAUGGCCCGACCUGAAGAAGAGAUAUGGAUAUGGUGGAUGGGUGCAGCUGGAUCAUCACUGCAAGGGACAGGCAAAGAUGAUGAAGGAUGGAAAGGUUUUUAGAGUUAUCCAAGAGAACUGCUGGGAUCCAGAAGUACGGAUUAAAGAGAUGGACCAGUCAGGAGUCACCGUCCAAGUCCUGUCCACAGUCCCUGUAAUGUUCAGCUACUGGGCCAAACCUCAGGAUACUUUAGACCUUGCCCAGCUGUUAAACAAUGACUUAGCUGCUACAGUAAAGAAGCAUCCCAAGAGGUUUGUUGGGCUGGGCACGUUACCCCUGCAAGCUCCAGAGCUGGCUGUGAGGGAAAUGCAGCGCUGUGUGAAUGAACUGGGCUUUCCUGGAGUGCAGAUUGGAUCUCAUGUCAACGAGUGGGACCUGAAUGCCCCAGAGCUCCACGAUGUUUAUGCUGCUGCUGAGAAAUUAAAUUGCUGUCUCUUUGUGCAUCCCUGGGACAUGCAGAUAGAUGGGAGGAUGUCCAAAUAUUGGUUUCCCUGGCUAAUAGGCAUGCCAACAGAAACAACCAUGGCCAUUUGCUCCAUGAUUAUGGGAGGAAUUUUUGAAAAAUUCCCUAAGCUGAAAGUUUGCUUUGCACACGGAGGUGGAGCUUUUCCAUACACAGUGGGUCGAAUCUCCCACGGCUUCAACGUGCGCCCCGAUUUGUGUGCCAUGGAUAACAAGGUGGAUCCCAGAAAAUACCUCGGCUCAUUUUACACAGACUCUCUUGUCCACGACCGUGGGGCUCUAAAGCUGCUAACAAGUGUAGUGGGAGAGGACAAAGUUAUUUUGGGGACAGAUUACCCUUUUCCACUUGGGGAACUAGAACCUGGAAAAUUGAUUGAUUCAAUGGAUGAUUUUGACUAUAAACUAAAGGAUAAACUCAAGGCUGGAAAUGCUCUGGAAUUUUUGGGUCUUAGCAGAAAACAAUUUGAAUAAUUAUGAAGUACUAAAGCAACAAAACUUCUGAAAUAACAUCCCUGUAUUUCUGUUGGCAUGUACAAUUGUGCAGAUGAAAAAUAAAACUGACAAUUAUCUGACAGCCUCCUGUUAUUUCCAAAGCAAAAGCAAGGGUACUGGAAAGGAGUAUGCAAAGGUAUUGCCUGAGGAUUUAGGCUGUUUUUAAACAAUUCUGAAAUCCCUGCUUUCAUAAUAAAGGAGA